AUGGAUAAAAGUCACGUAGAUUCACUGGGGGAGAAUUGCUGGUGCGAUGUGGUUGAUUACAGCACCCUCUUAGAGUUAGACGACGUCGCAUCGCUGCCGGAUAAACUCAAUCCUCAGCUGCAUUCUGACAAUGGCGGUGUGGCAGUGGAUGUAAUUACAUCGCAGCAAGGAAGUGAUUCUGCAGAAAGAGAAGGACCGAGCAAGAGGGGACGUGGUAAUCCAUAUGUUAGAAUGGGGGCCAAAGCUAGCCGGGAGAGAAUGAGACGAGAAAAGUUGAAUGACAGGUUCUUGGAAUUAUCGGCUGUCUUGGAACCUGGAAAACCCGUGAAAGUAGAAAAGUUGGCGAUAUUGGGUGAUGCAAUUAGGGCUCUAAAGCAGCUGAAAGCUGAAUCCCACAAGUAUGUCGAAAUGAACAGAAAGCUUUCGGAGGAGAUAAAAAACCUAAAGGCUGAGAAAAUUGAGCUUCGUGAAGAAAAAUUGAUGCUUAAGGCAGAUAAAGAAAGGAUGGAGCAGCAUUUGAAAAGCACGUUUGUGCCUCCUACAGGAUUCAUGCCGGGAAAUUCACCCGUAUUUCAGGUUGAGGCUAAAAAGAUGCAGAUGAUCCCUAGCUAUGGGUUUGUCCCGAUGUGGCAUUAUUUACCCCCAUCUACACAGGACACUUCUCAAGAUCAUCAACUCAGGCCUCCAGCUGCUUGA